AAGAUCCUCCGCUUCCUACUUGCUUUUCCCUCUGUUUUCUUCUCUCUCUAACUCUGUCUCUCUCUCCUUCUUCUCUAUCAUGCCUUUCUCUGUUUCGCCGGCCAUUUUUUUUCCCGAGAAAGUGUAGGAAAAUCCGAAAUUACAUCCUCUGAGUUUCAUGGGGAUUUUGUUGAAUUUUGUUUCAACUCAAUGCAACAUGGGAAACUCGUAAGUUUUUUGUGUUCUUCAUUCAAAAUCUGCAACUUUACUAGAUUUUUCUGAGAAAUUAUUCUGGAAAUUGACUUCCUAACAAAAAUCAACCAUCUGGGUAUUUGAAAUUUUGUUUCACCUCAAUGCAACGUGUGAAACUCGUAAGAUUAUUUGUGUUGUUCGUUCAAAGUCUCCAACUUUACUAGAUUUUCCUUCUUAUUUUCCCGAGGGAUUCUGCUGGAAAUUGACUUCCUAACCAAAAACACCCAUCUGGGUAUUUCAAAAUUUCACCAAAUUUAGCUUUAUUUGUGUAAUAAAUGGCGGAGGCUGAGGGAAAAAGGGAAACGAACCGUGUUUCUCUGCAGGUGAAUAGUUUCCCGCGAGAUCUAAUACAAAAAAUCAUCGCUCGAAACCAUUUUCCGGUGAAAUUGGAGAAGCCAAGUCGUGAGGAGGUGGAGGAAGAAGAUGUGGAGCUGAGUCUCGGGCUUUCGUUGAACGGUCGAUUUGGGGUGGACCCAAAUAGAGAGACGAAGCUAGUUCGCUCGUCGUCCAUACCGGAGUUCAUGAUGGCGGAGAAUAACUACACGGCGUGGGUUGCGGCGCCGGUGGCGGUGUAUGCGCCGCUGGUGAGGACGUGUUCACUUCCUCCGGCGGGGACGGAGAUGGAGACUGAGUGUCGGAAACGGAAGGAAUUGCAGUCACUGAGACGCAUGGAGGCGAAGAGGAAGAGAAUAGAGAAGCUCAAGAAUGUGAGGAUGGUUCGAGAUGAGUUGAAUUUGGAAGAAAAUAUUGGACCUCAGAAUUGUGGUAAUGGAAAUGGGGAGUUUUCGGUGCCUUCUGGGAUGGGCAGUUGGGCUUCUGGAGCAACUGGAGGGGAUGUGAGUGUUCCGGGGACGGAAUCGAAACCCGAAAAUGGGAACUGCUUGGAGGGUUCAAUUGGAUCAGGAUCACAACGGAGUGGCUCUUCUGGGAUUUCUGAUUUUGAGUCUCAACCAAUCAAAGGAAUGAACAAAUACGGUGAAGCAAGAAGCCCAGCUAGUGUCCACUCUCUGCCGGAGCAGAAUUCAGUACUCACUCCUGAAACAACCGAGAAGCCAGUUGAGGUUUUUGGAACUGCAGUGGGGAAUCCAUCUAUGAUAGCCAAAGCCACCGAAAAGGAAGCAAAUGAAAUGGUGAGGGGUGUGUCUGCAAACAUGCCUUGCGUCUCUACAAGGGGACUUGGGCCCAAUGGAAAGAGAAUAGACGGUUUUCUUUACCAGUACCAGAAGGGAGAGGAGGUACGCAUUGUUUGUGUUUGCCAUGGAAGCACUCUCUCUCCUGCCGAGUUUGUCAAGCAUGCUGGUGGUGGCGAUGUGGAUCAUCCUCUGCGGCAUAUAGUUGUUAACCCUACUAAUCUUGUGUAACUGUAGUGGCCCUGCAAACGCUACAAGAAAUCGGACUUUUAAUGACUUGUAGUGUUGAAAAACUAUCUUUUGCUGAAGGAAAAGAAGUAAUGGAAAAAUCGACUUCAAUCCUUUGCAUUGUUAAAAAAUUAUCUCAUCUUUCAGUAGACAAAGCUUUUGUAUUUAAAUCCUCUUGUUGGAAAGGCAAAAAUGGUGGUAGAGCAGAAAUUUGAGGACUAAUUUUUUUGCCACCCCUCUUCAGAUUUUAUUAGAUUCACUAUUGAACUACAAGCAUGUGGGAACUUUGACAUAAAUAUGAUGUAAACCAGACCUGUGAUGACUUGUUUUAGGUAACAGCACUACAGCCGGUAUUUUCUUUCUUGUUAGAGAAUUUAUAACUAUGUUUCUACUUAGGUCUUUGGGAGAACUUAUGUGCCUCUCUACUAUUUAGAAACUAAGUAUGCUCAAUCUGUUAAUUCCUCAAUGAACUCUUUGGGUCCUGUUUCAAUUUUAUAAAUGAUCAUAUUUGAUGUUGUAAUUCAUGUAUUUUGGCAUAUUGA